UUGUAAUUGUUCUUCCGCGUUUUUAAAUGUUUUCUUACUGGAAGCCUUGGAGGAGGAGAUUUAUUUCAGUUUUCUACUAUCUUCUAGGAAUUGCUUUGGUUUUAAUAGUCGGUGUAGUGCUUUCUGCGUUGCAGAAGUUAGACGGUGACAGAGCCGAGGACAUGCCAGGUAUUAAUCGGUCUCCAGGGAGCAAAGUGACGGAUUAUUGAGUUAAUCUGACAGGGAUUCUCUCCGCAGGGACCGACGGGACGCUGCAGUACUUUAGGGAACUGGGGCUGCUGACAGGAAGUGACGCGGCACAGCUCCAGUGGUCGCACGGGGUCAACAGCCGGAAGGCGCUCGCGCAGGCUCUAAGCGGUCCCUGUCACAUGAUUGAGGCUGAUGUUAACCUUAGAGGUCAUGGACUGGAAGAGCCGAUCAUGGCACAUCCCCCUGAGACAGACAGCGACAUCACACUGAAAGAUUGGCUGGACGAGGUGAAGACCAGCAACAAGGGAAUAAAGCUGGACUUUAAGAGCCUGGAGGCCGUGUCUCCGUCCCUGGUCCUGCUGGAGGACAUGCUGGCUGAGCCUCGCCGGCCGGUGUGGAUCAACGCAGACAUCCUCAGUGGACCGGGUGGGACAGCCCGACCCGUGGACUCCCAGGCUUUCCUCUCUAUCGUCACAGCGCUUCCCGUCCAGACGGUGCUGUCUCUUGGUUGGACGACAGGAUGGACAGCUGGAGGACAGAACCCAGGUUACAGCUGGGACAUGGUGCGUCUGAUGGAGGAGAAAUGUCGGCGCCUGGAUCAUCCGGUCACCUUCCCGGUUCGUGCCGCCCUGCUGCCACAUUCCUUCACCCAGCUGUCAUGGCUGCUGCAGCAGUCGGACAGGUACAGCCUGACCGUGUGGACGGGCCGACAGGACGAGGUGCCUCUGCAGGACCUGAAGCUCUACAGGAAGCAGCUGGAUGGGAGCAGGAUGUACUUGGACCUGCCGGACUCUCUGAAAGCAGAACUCUCUGUGGUUUCACUGGAGGCUGAGUGAAGACUUUGUUUUUACCACUAGAGGACAAUCAGCGUCGACUGAGGAGUUUAACAGUUAAAACCAUCACAUAUUGUCUUUUUUUAUAUGGUAGCUGAAGCUGAAUGACGAUAAAUGUCCUGAUGCUGCCUGUUCAAACCAGACCGACUGCAGCCCUUAGAACCUGAUAUAAAGAUGUUAUUGUUUAAUCCUCAUGUUUUUAUGCUUUGGCUUUAUAAACAGGAUAAAACCCAGACACCAAA